UGUGUGUCUAUGUGUGUGUGUGUGUGUGUCAGCGUGUCAGCGGCAGCUCUGACUCUGGAACUCCACACAGCAGGACUCGCAGCUCAGCUCACUUUCCCCAUUUUUGUGGAUUAAGCUGAACGCACGCGCUUUCUCUCUGGAAGCUCCUUACAGGGAAAACUCUUCUAGCAGCGGUGUCGCGCUUCCUCCAGCGCACUUUAUCUGUUUUCAACUCGAGCGGGUGUUUUUUUUAAAGCGGAAUGCUUGUUUGCGUUUAAUGGUAAAUCUCUGCACAGAAGAAUGAACCCAAACUAUCAGACCUGCUCUCAGAGCCGCCUAUUGCUGCACGAAGAGCAAACUUUUCUCUGAAGAGCAUGAAUAAUGAGAAGCUUUUAGCGCACACGGCUGCGAAUAUGUGGCAGGUUUAUUUGUUUUGAAACAGCUCUCUCUCUGCAGUAACUGUCUGGAUGCUAGCCGGAGUUAGCUUUAGCGUUUAGCUGGAACUCAGUUUGUUUUUAGGCCUGCAGAUUACACACGCUGUUUAUAUAGAAAUAUAGAUGACUAGUGGAAUUUAUAUAUUUGUAUAUUUCUGAACAAAAAAGCAAGUUUUUGUCCUGCUUUACAUUUGGUGCUUGACGCGUUUUCAUUUGUCACACUGGAGAAGGAACAAGUUCUGGCUCUGUAUAGCGGAUAUUAAUAGAAAUAUCUGCUUAUCUUUUUUUUUUUUUGCAGAAAUAUUCGAAUAAUCGAGCCACUCCUGUGCCUACGCGAUUAGUUGCAGGGAAGUGUAGGCUAAGUUAGAUUUGAUACACAGCAGAGGUUUUUUUUUUUUUCUUUUCCUCCCUCUAACUCGGGUGGAGAGUAAAGUUUAAGAAAGCAAGGAUUUCAGGCACAUUACAUCAGCUGCUUCCACUUGAAUUCAACGAUUAUUCGAUUAUUCGGUGCGCAAGUGCUAGGUUUGUGUUCUAAUCAUCUAAUGAUCCAUGCAGGAGAUUGGACACCUUUUGAACAUUUUCCCUCCCUCUCAAGUCGAACCUUGUUUCUUGUCUUGAAGAUGCGCUGAAGUUCCAUAAAGAUGGUCUAGACUUUUUUUUGUGGAGACUUUUCUGCUCUCCAACCCACUGAUCCCCUGCACCGACUGACGCUUUCCCAUGACCUUAAAUAUGCCAUUUGGAUUUAAACAGCAGAAAAGCUGUAAAACGGAAGCCCAAUGAGCGACACACAGCCAACACUCACUGACAGGUUUUCCAAAAAAGUAAUCAGGACCAGUAGCAUUCUCAGCAGAGAUCACCCCCCGGACAAAAAGCCCAAAAGUGACAAGGCUUCCGUUCCUCCAGCACAAGACUUUGACUCUACAGGGCUGGUUCAGAGAUGUGUCAUCAUUCAGAAAGAUGAGAACGGUUUUGGCCUAACAGUUAGUGGAGACAACCCUGUGUUUGUGCAGCUCGUCAAAGAGGAUGGAGCUGCUAUGCGUGCAGGGGUUCAGACUGGGGACAGGAUCAUUAAGGUCAAUGGCACUUUGGUGACACAUUCAAACCACGUUGAAGUGGUGAAGUUAAUCAAAUCGGGCUCCUACGUGGCCCUCACUGUGUUGGGCCGACCACCUGGAUUACCCCAGAUCCCUCUUUCAGAGGUUGAUCUGAACUUAGAGUCACUGGAGGAUAAUGGGGCAUCCUCAGUCUCUUUCCCACAUUCUCCACGACAGAUCCGGAGCAAGCGGGAUUACAAGGAAGAGAACAGUCUCUUGCACAGCCUGAGAGUGGACAACAUAGAGAAGAAGCUGACUAAAGAAAGACAGGAGUUCCAGGACAUGAAGGAAGAGUAUGUCAAGAAUCCCACCCUCCGGCUACUGAGGGACAUCCAGGAAGCGAAAAGAAACACGCACAGAGCUGCACAGGAUGGCCUCCCUGUUGGAGACGGUGAGGGUGGUGGUGUGGUGGAUGUGGCCCAGGCCAGUUCAGAUGGCUUGUGGAGCCCUGCCCUGCAUCGCCACCACUCAGCUUCCCCUAAGACUGCUGGCCAGAAAGACUCGAACAGUCCAAAGAGCACACAACAAGACAGCCCCAACUCAUGCUCUUCACCUGAGAAUGCAGACACCUCUGACCUGGACUUGCAUCUCCAUCCCGGUGUGAAAAUUGCUUCCUCCCGUCUUGCCUCUCAGAUUAUUGGAGCUGAGGAUGACUACUUUGAAUCAGAACACGAGCAGGAGCAGGUGAAUGUGCAGUGUAACUGUUUCCAGAGUUUGGAGUUGCUUAAGAGUCGACCUGCCCACCUUGCAGCUUUCCUGCACCAUGUGGUGUCCCAGUUCGACCCUGCUCCUGUGCUUUGCUACCUUUACGCUGAGCUCUACAAGCAGACCAACUCAAAAGAAACCAGGCGCAUCUUUAUGGACUUCUUCACCUUUUUCAUUGACAGGGGGGCUAAUUUAAAAGUAACUGUGCCUGAAUCUAUCUCUUUCGAACUUGAGCGACGGAGGCCAGAGCUGAUUCCUGAGGAGUUGCACAGACAAUAUGUUCAGACAAUGCAGGACACACUUCUCCCUGAAGUGAACAGAAUUCUGGAGGACUUCAGACAGAAGCACAGCAUGGGUCUGACCUUAGCUGAGGGAGAGCUAGCUCAUCUGGACACAGAGCAGUUAAAAGAUGCCACUGCUCUGGAGAGAGAGAGAUCCUGUGCUGAGAACAUCCUGGCCAAAAUAGAUGACAUUCUGUUGUCCUCACUAGCUGCAGAAGAGGAAAAGUGUACCACUAUACAAUACGUGAUCUACUUCUACAUGAAGCACCUGGGUGUGAGAGGCAAAGAGCAGCGUAACCUGGAGUCCAAACGUGUGCGCAUAAAUUUCCUGCCCAAGAUCAAGAAGAGCAGCAAGCUGGAGAAAGAAGUAGAAGAAAAGGUGAAGAAGCCCCGUUUCAAUAUCCUAGGGCCUCAGCGUCGGCCAAGCCGCAUUGAAACAACACCUGCAGUAGGUCGCACUGUGGAUGGAAGCAAGCCAAGGCCUCAGAAGCAGCUCUCACAGCCAGUGAUGGGAAAGGGUGAGAUGAUAGAUGGUGGGCGUUUACGGGGAAGCCAGUCGAGCGAGGGCUCAGACCUCAUCCAAAACCCCACAGUCAUCAGCAACAUUCCUCCCAACAGCCCUGUUUCGGAUACAGCCGUCAGAGACAUAGACUGCAGUGUGAACUCAUCCUUCAUGCUCCAGCAGUUGAGUGAUGGUAUGCAGGUUGGGGAAGGGCUGGACAUGACAUACCCCCCAUGUGAUUACACUCCCUACAACGUGGAGCAUCUUGAUGAGGACAGAGAUGGAGACAGAUUUGUGGAUGUGGGCACACCUAAGCUGAGCAGAAGGCUAGAGGAGACAUUGAGUGAGGAUGAUGGUGUUUACUCUGACAUGGAUCCUCCAAACUGGCAGCAGCUUGUGAAGAUGGAGGUUCUAGCUGAAUUGACCCCCCAGGAGAUCAAGAGACAAGAAGUUAUUAAUGAGCUGUUCUACACGGAGCGUGCACACGUACGCAUGCUGAAAGUCCUGGACAAUGUCUUCUACCAAAAGUUGUUCCGUGACAACAUAUUACCACCUGCAGACAUCAACAACAUCUUCAGCAACCUGGAGGAGAUCAUCCAGCUCCAUGUGAUGAUUUCGGAGCAGAUGGCAGCCAUACGCAAGAGGAAUGAAACGUCAGUGGUUGACCAAAUUGGAGACGAUUUGCUGUCUUGGUUCAGCAGAGAAGAGGAGGAAAAGAUGAAGCAUGCAGUAGGCACCUUCUGCAGCAACCAGCCCUUUGCUCUGGAGCUCAUCAAGAGCCGGCAAAAGAAGGACCAGCGCUUCCUCACCUUCAUGCACGAGGCAGAGAGUAAUCGGAUGUGCCGAAGGCUGCAGCUGAAGGACAUGAUCCCUGCUGAGAUGCAAAGACUCACCAAGUACCCCUUACUGCUGGAGAACAUCUCCAAAUACACUGGUGAUCCAGAGGAGAAAGAAAAGGUGAGGAAAGCAGCUGAUUGUUGUCGCAAGAUCCUCAACCACGUUAACCAAGCAGUGAAGGAGUCAGAAAAUAAACAGCAUCUGGAGGACUACCAGAGACGCCUGGACCUCUCCUCCCUGAAGCAGAGUGAGAAUCCACUCAUUUCCGAGUUUAAGAAUCUAGAUCUUACCAAAAGGAAGUUGAUCCAUGAAGGUCCACUGACCUGGAAACUGAAUAAAGACAAGACUGUCGAGUUAUACACACUGCUCCUUGAGGACAUCCUGGUGUUGUUGCAGAAGCAAGACGAGAAACUCGUUCUGAAAUGCCACAGCAAGAACCGUGCAGGAUCGGCUGACACGCAGCACAUCUUCAGCCCUGUUAUUAAGCUCAACACUGUACUGGUGCGCUCAGUGGCAACGGACAACAGGUCCUUCUUUGUGCUCUCCAUGUCGGAUAACGGAGCUCAGAUCUAUGAACUGAUGGCCCAGACAGUGUCUGAACAGAGAGUAUGGCAGAGGCAUAUCAUUCAGCGAGCAGAGGCAAUGAAGUCCAGGCCACACAGCGUCAUUCCUUUGCCUCAGUCUGCAGGAGAGAGAAAUGGAGUCGGAGUUGGUAAACUUACCAAAGCUCCAGAGCGUGAGUUUGCUAGCAGUGCUCAGGCCUCAGGUAAAGCCUGCGAUGCAGUGUCUGAUCGUGCCUCCAAUAAUGAGGAGCAGGAGCAAACUCGGGCACAUGGAAAUGAUGAAAGCUGUUAUCCAGAACCGGAGCUGCUGGAUGGCUGUGACACAGACUCUCCAUCGUCUUCCUGCAGAGCCGACGAAGCUCUGAAAACCUUGGCAGCUUUAAAGCAGGUGCUGGUAACUCAGCUGAUGGCCCAGAACGAUGGGGAGCGGAUGGGCCGGCGUCUCCUCAGGACAACAUCUUUGCGCACAUCAUGCAGGACUCAGGACGCCUCCUCAGGGGACACAGGUUUUUUUGAAGGCACUGAGGACUAUGCAGGCUACAUGGUGCUGGAGGGCUCUGGAGGCUCUGAGAGCAGCACUGAUGAUAAUGUUCAGUACAGGAGGAAGGAGUUGGGUCUUUCCCGUGGCUGUGCUGCUGACUCGGGUAUCAGCCUCAGGUUUUCAUCGUCCUCAGCAGAGAGCUUAUGCGGCAUCAGCAGACAGGUUCUCACGUACCUGCGCUCUCUGCAAGCCAACCUCAAUCACCUCAAGGAGGUAGAGAGCAGAUAUUAUCUGUUAAGACAAAAACAAGAAUCAGCAGACACUGGAAGGAACAAAGAUAAGAAAUAGCUGGGUGGAGUUUUCCUGGCUCGAGUUAACCUGGGGUCACUUUGGCCUUCACUACACUUUGCAGCAUCUUGCGCAGAGAGAGACUGAUGGAGAGCAAAACAAAGCAGCAUUUUGACAAAGUGUGUGCCCUCCAUUAAAGUCAGUUAGAGAAGAUGGACGGUCCUGUCUGCUCCUAGCUUGUUCCUGCAGCACUGCCUCAGUCCAGCCAGAAUGGACCGUCCAGUCCUGUGCAUCACCCCAGCUAGACCAACAAGAAUGAUGAACAAAUGUGUACUUACAAAUAUAUAUAAGAUGUGUGUGUGUAUAUAUAUAUAUAUAUAUAUAUAUAUAUAUAUAUAUAUAUAUAUAUAUAUAAAAACCAUUAAACAUUUUUAAGUAAUGAUGUAACAUUUUAAUCCUAGAUAUAUUUAUUUCCUUCCCAAGUCACUUGCAAAGUUUAGUUUUUUGUUUGAUUGUUUGUUUGUUUGUUUGUUUGUUUCCUUUUUUCUUGUGCUUCAGGAUGCGACUUGCGUUUGAGUGUGCAGUGUGUGCUGUUGCUAUGUAUAUCAGAAGAUCCUCUCUGAGGCCUCUACUCACAUCUUGUAUAAAAGUGCACUAGAUUGCCUCCUCUUCUAAUGCUUCAAGAGGGUAAAGAGCUCUAGCUGAGACGAGGAGAGCAUGAAACCAGAACAGUCCUUAUAACUGCCUGCAAAUGCAGAAUAUAUAACCAGUGAGGUGGCUAGUGAUGCAAAACUUGGAAAUAAAGAUGCAGUGACUGAG